UUUUAGCUACAGAAACGAACAGAUUAACCCUAACAGCACAGUACAGCACGAAGGCUUGGGCGGACCUUUUCCCUUUUUGACUUUACAACGCACAGGAGCUGCAGUAAGCUGAAGAGCCACGACGAUGGGCUCGCUGCCUAUGGUCAGCUACUGCAGAGCAGACCAACGGCGCGGGGCGGCUCGCUCCUGCACCCCUGCCCCACGCGGAGUCAAGUGGUCAGAAAACUACUUUCAGACCUCGACCAUCAACAAAAUAACAUUGCCGCGCAUUGUUGGCUAUCGGUUCUUUCUUUUAAGGAGAUGCUGAGGUUACUGCUUUAGUUCCCGUGACAACAGAAACGCCGAGACGCCACUGGGUGCUACCGCGGUUUAAGGAUCGCGCUGAUGAUGAGGUUUAACCCAUGACGUUAAGUGGUUUCUGUGGCCCCUAGGACAACGAGCAGCAGUGGAAAGGGAAGUAACCCGGCACAGACGUGGCUUUCCUUGUUGCCAACACCCUGCUUUUUUCCACCUUCCUGACGGACAGAGACCCCUUCCAAAUCCUCUCCACCAACUGGCAACAGAAGCAGGACAUCUUCAUUUACAGAUCAGAAUGAUGAAGGCACUUUAACGCCAGACAAAGAGCUGCUAGCCGGGAUGAUAGCAGAACCCGCUUUUCUCUCUGAGUAUACUAUCUUUGCUUUGGAUCCCACCAAACAACCUAAACCACAGAGUGACGGUGUGAGCUUACCUAAACAGCCAGUUACCCGAUCUACAGAAAACAAUGGAAGUGAACCAGCCUCCCCACAGUCGGGCGACACUCAGUCUUUUGCCCAGAGGCUUCAGCUCCGGGUUCCUUCCAUGGAGUCUUUGUUUCGAAGCCCCGUGAAAGAGUCCCUGUUCCGCUCUUCUUCUAAAGAGUCCCUGGUACGAACUUCUUCAAGAGAUUCAUUGAAUCGACUGGACUUGGACGCAGUUGCUCCCACCUUUGAUCCACCUUCUGACGUUGAGAGCGAAACAGAAGAGUCUCUGGGAAGUAUGGACAGCCUCAGCAAAGAGCAGCUGCUGCAGCGGUUGCGUAGAAUGGAACGCAGCUUGGGCAACUACAGAGGAAAGUACUCAGAGCUAGUGUCUGCUUAUCAAGUUAUUCAGCGAGAGAAGAAAAAGCUACAGGGUAUUCUGAGUCAAAGCCAGGAUAAAGCACUCCGCAGAAUUGGAGAACUGAGAGAGGAGCUCCAGAUGGAUCAACAAGCUAAGAAACAUCUCCAGGAGGAAUUUGAUGCUUCCUUAGAAGAAAAGGAUCAACUUAUUAGUGUCCUGCAAACUCAGGUAUCGUUGCUGAAACAGAGGUUACAAAAUGGCCAACUAGGCACUGAAUUACCUGAUCCAAAUAUCCAAUCUGAACCACAAGUUCAAAGUCCAACAAAAGAAAUCAGUGCAGAAAAUGUUAUGGAACCAGGAAGCAAUGAGGGUAAUGAAGAUUCUGUUAAAACACUGGAAGUUCUUACUCAGAGGGUGAAGCGCCAAGAGAACCUGCUGCAACGUUGUAAAGAGAUGAUUCGGUCACACAAAGAGCGCUCUGCCCAGCUAACCAACGAGAAAGAGGCGCUUCAAGAACAGUUAGAAGAGAGACUUCAGGAACUAGAGAAAAUGAAGGAGCUUCACAUGGCUGAGAAGACUAAACUGAUUACGCAGUUGCGUGAUGCAAAGAAUUUGAUUGAGCAGCUAGAACAAGAUAAGGGCAUGGUAAUUGCAGAGACAAAGCGACAGAUGCAUGAAACGUUAGAAAUGAAGGAGGAGGAGAUUGCCCAGCUGCGUGCUCGGAUCAAACAAAUAACUACAAAAGGCGAGGAAUUAAAAGAGCAGAAAGAAAAAUCUGAAAAAGCUGCUUUUGAAGAGCUUGAGAAGGCUCUGAGUAUUGCCCAAAAGACAGAGGAAGCCCGGAAAAAACUGCAGGCAGAAAUGGAUGAAAAAAUCAAAGCAGUAGAAAAGGCAAGUGAGGAAGAGAGGGUAAAUCUUCAACAGGAGUUAACCAGAGUGAAACAAGAGGUGGUUGAGAUUAUGAAGAAGUCUUCAGAAGAGCGUGUUGCCGAACUAGAAAAAUUCCAUAAAAAAGAAAUGGCUACCAAAGAUCAGGAGCUAGAUGAGAGAUUACAGGCCCAAGAAAAGGAAUUCCAGGAACAGAUGAAGGCCGCUCUUGAGAAGAGUCAAAGUGACUGUUUAAAAACCCUGCAAGAACAAGAGCAACAGGAAGCCCUAGCCUUAGAAGAGUUAGAGCUGCAGAAAAAAGCAAUACAGUCAGAGUGUGACAGGAAACUUCAAGAGAUGCAUCAAGAAGUAGAGACUUUUAGAACUAGGAUUCUUGAAUUGGAAAGCUCUCUUGCAAAGUAUUCACAAGAUGACAGAAAACGAUCAGAAGAAUUAAGCACUCUGAUGGAGUCUGAAAAAAACCAGCACACUGAAGAAAUCAAUUGUAUGGUUGAAAAACACAAGGAAGAAUUAGAAAAUGUGAAACAGCAGCAGGAAAAGCUUUGGACAGAAAAACUUCAAAUCCUCAAGCAACAACAAGUAACUGAGAUAGAAAAAAUGAGAGCGAAACAAGAACAAGAAAUAGAUGCAAUACUGAAAGAGAAAGAAACAGUUUUCCGUACACAUAUAGAAGAGAUGAAUGAAAAAACGUUAGAAAAACUUGAUGUGAAACAAACAGAGCUAGAAGCACUGUCUUCUGAGCUAUCAGAAGCAUUAAAAAUACGCCAUGAUUUAGAACAAGAGCUCUCAGUACUGAAAAGUGAAGUAGGUGAAGCAAAGCAAGAAUUGGAGACAAAGUUAGAAGAACAGAGGAACCGGCACAAGGAAGAAAUUGAAAUGAUGUUAAAAGAGCAUGAAAUUUCUAUUCAAGGAGUUGAGAAGGUACUCACGGAGGAACUGAACCAGCUCAAGCAAUCAUUGGAGGAAAAAGACAGACAGCUGGAGGAAGUAAAAGCCCAUGAACAGAAACUAAAGGAAUCUGUGGAAAGAUCUGAAAGUGAAUUUGUCCAAGCGUCUGCAAAGCUAGAGGAGCUCUCUCAGUCCCAUCAGAAUACUGCUAGGGAGCAGGCAAAGAUUUAUGAAGAGGAAUUAGCAAAGCUGCAGCAAAAACUGACAGGUCUGGAAGGUGAAAAAUUGCAACUUAAUGAGCAGAUAUUAAGAACUGAAUCCCAGCUGAAUGAAGUUAAGAAUGAGUUAGAAUCAUACAUCUCUCAGGUACGUGACCUGAGGCAGCAUCUGCAAGAGCAGAGCAAUGAAAAUACACAAAAAGUAACCUCUCUAACACAACAGUAUGAAUCUCAAUUGAAGGAUCUAGAAAGAGAGGCUGAUCAGACAAAGAGGACUCUGUCUGAGAAGGAAGAUGAAAUUGAACACAUGAGAAAGUCACAGAGUGAACAAGUGGAAGAGCUUAAACAGAAAUUGUCAGCCAAAGAGGAGAGAAUUAGUGCUUUACAAGGAGAAUAUGAAAAUAAACUGAAACAUCAGGAAAACAAGAUGGACAAAGUUAAACAGAGAGCAAAAGAGAUGCAGGAGACUUUCAAAAAGAAACUUACUGAGCAGGAAGCUAAACUAAAAAAAGAACUCGAAAACAAGCAGUUGGAGUUCAGUCAGAAAGAGAGCGAGUUCAAUGCUAAAAUGUUGGAAAUGGCACAUGCCAGCUCAGCUGGAAUCAGUGAUGCUGUGUCAAAACUGGAAUCUAAUCAGAAAGAGCAAUUAGAAAGUCUGGCUAAGGUUCAUAAGAGGGAGUUAGAGGAAAUCACCCAGAUUUGGGAAAAGAAACUCAAUCAGCAGGUUGAAGAGCUCCAGGAAAAACACGAACUGGAACUACAGGAGAAAGAGCAGGAAGUUGGAGACCUGAAACAGAAACUUGCCACCCUCAGUGCUGAGAACGAGGGCUCCAGAACCGAAAUAACCCGACUGAAGGAAGAACAGAUGAAGAGGGAGGAGUCCCUGAACGAAGUGCAAGAACGACUAAAGCAGUCAUUGGCCAAGGUGGAUGUUUUGUCAAAUAGUGAAAGUGACCUGAAAACACAGCUCAGAAAACUGGAAGGUGAUCUUAGUCAGUCUAAGAAAGACCACUCAGUACUUCAGGAACAGCUUAGCAAUCAGAAAGCAGUAGAAGAAAAGGACAAAGCUAAAAUAAGUGAUCUUACAGAUACGCUGAAAACCCUUGAGGAGAAACUCCAAACUGUGCAGUCUUCUCAAUGUAAAGAUCAUGAAAAUUAUGAGAAAAAAAUAGAGGCGAUUCAACUGAAAGAAACCGAGUUUAAGAGGUUGUCAGGAGAACUUGUAGCGCAGUUAGAUGCUUAUUGGAAGAAUGCUGAAGCUCUAUUACAAACAAAAAGCAAUGAAUUAAUUGAAAAAUGUAAUGAAAAAAUUGGCACAGUAGCAUGCAAAAUUGCAGAUUGUGAAUACCGAACUGCAAAAAUUAAAGAAGCCAUAUUAAUUAAAAGGGGUAAGAUUCCCGAACUAGAAGCUCAACUUAAAGAAGCUACAGAGCAUCAUUCUGCUCUAAGUAGUUCUUUACAAAAGUCAAUGCAACAGCUGCAAGAGAAAGACAGUUUAAUCAUGUCCCUGAGAGCUGACAUUGAAGGACUUGUAACAGAAAAGGAACAACUGCAAAAAGAAGGAGGGCAUCAGCAGCAAGCAGCAUCAGAAAAAGAAACUUGCAUAACACAGCUGAGGAAAGAGUUAUCAGAAAAUAUCAAUGCUGUCACCUCAAUGAAAGAAGAACUCCAGGAAAAAGAAUCUGAAAUUUCUGCUCUCAACAAAACGGUUAAUGAGCUUAACGUUAGACUUGAAAACAUGGUAAGUGUAACUGAGAAAGAAGCAGCCAUGUUACGCGAGCAGCAUCAAGAGAGUCAGGUGCAAUUGUUAAAGCAGGUACAAGAGUUAUCGUCCAGAGUUGAGACACUGAGUCAAGAAAAAGCAUCAGCUCUUGAGCAGGCGGAUCAGUGGAUGACCAGACUCUCAGAGUGGAAGAGGAAAGCACAAACAAGGUUUACACAAAAUCACGAUACUAUUAAAGAUUUGCAGAGCAAACUUGUACUAAGCAAUACCCAAGCUAGUGAAAAAGAUGACGAGCUAAAUAAACUGAAGGAGGAGCUGGCUAAACAAAGCAAGAAUGUGGAUAGUUUAAAAAGUGCAUGGGAACAAAGGCAGAACCAGAGGGAAAAGCAAGAGAGUGAGUUGACCGCAGAGUUAAAAAUCCAAGCAGCAAGAAUUGCUGAACUAGAAGAACACAUUGCUCAGAAAACUUCCGAAAACAAUUCCUUGAUGGAGGAACUUCAAAAGUAUAAUGAACAAAACGACACAGAGCAAAAAGAGAUCGCUUGGCAACUCCAGCAGGCAGAGGAGAUGGCUUCUGAAAAGGACAAUAGGUUUAAGGAGGCUGAAGAAAAAGUGCUUAAUCUUGAAAAGAAAAUAAGUUCAUUGGAGGCUGAAUUUGAAGCAAAGGAAAGGGAAUUUGAACGAAUUAAAUCAGUGAUACUUAAAAGCAAAGAGGAAGAGCUGAAAGGAUUAGAAGAGAGACUGAAUGCAGAAAACAGCGCUAAGUUAGCAGAUCUGAAGAAGAAGGCAGAGCAAAAGAUUGGUUCUAUUAAAAAGCAAUUGAUGUCUCAAAUGGAAGAAAAGGAACAGCAACUUAAGCAAGAUAGAGAAAAUCAGUUAAGAAACUUGGAACAAAGAGUGCAGGAAAGAGAAGCCAAGAUUGAGACCUUGGAACUAAAAAUCAAGUCAACAAGAGAUUCCACAGAAUUAGAGGAGGAAAUGCUGCAAAAAGUAGAGAGUGUAAAAGCUGCUGUAGAACAAGAAAAGGAUAAAAUGCUUGAGAGUGUCCGACAGACUUAUGAAGAGAAAAUACAUGUGUUACAGAAGGACUUAUCUGAAAAAGAUGAAUUAUUGCAGAAGUAUGAAAAGGAACAAAGAGAGAGGAAUGACUCUCAUCUAGAACUGCAAAGCAAACAGGAAGAACUGUUCGGAAAACUGGCAUGUGUUGAGAAGAGACUUCAAGAGGAACAACGUUUGACCGAAAGCCUCAGGAAAGAACUUGAGGAGCAAACUAAAAAAUGCUCAGUGUUAGUGGAUGAGUUAGCAAGCAGUAGGGAGGAAUUAAAAGCGAAAGAACAAAAACAUCUUGAUAUGGAGACUGUAACUGGAGGUUUCCAGAAAAGAUUGCAGGAAAAGGAGGCAUCCAGUCAAUCUUUAGAAGAGAAGAUAAGAGAGUUGGAAAACAAUCUAAUGAAGGAAAAGGAAGUGCACAAGACUGAGCUGGAAGAUACAAGUUUGAGAUAUGAAGAAAAACUAAAAAGUUUGCAGCAGCAGUUGGAUGAAAGAAAUGACCACCUGAAAGCUUUUGAAGAAAGUGCUGAAGAAAAGACUAGAUCUGAUUUAGAGCUGCAGAAGUUACUGGGUGAUAUGCAGACCCAGCAGAAGGACUUGCAAAAUAAACUGGAGGACUCUGAAAGGGAGAAACAGAAACUACGCAAAGAUGUGAAUAGUCUUCAGAAAGACCUGCGUACUCUGCGAAAAGAGCAUCAGCAGGAACUUGACAUAGUUAAGAAGGAGUCCUUAGAAGAAAUGGAGGAGAAAAUCAGGUGUGAACAAGAAGACAUUGAAUUAAAGCACAACUCCACCUUAAAGCAGUUAAUGAGAGAGUUCAAUACUCAGCUGGCUCAAAAAGAGAGGGAAUUGGAAACUGCUGUAAAAGAGACGAUCAGUAAAGCCCAGGAGGUAGAAACUGAAUUGAUAGAAAACCAUCACAUAGAGACAACACAGCUGCAUAAAAAAAUUGCAGAAAAAGAUGAUGAUCUAAAAAGAACUGUAAAAAAAUAUGAAGAAAUCCUUGAGGCUCGUGAAGAAGAAAUGACUGCAAAAGUUCACGAGUUGCAGUUACAGCUAGAAGAAUUGCAAAAGGAGUACAAACAAAGGAUGGCAGAAGUGGAGCAUCAAAACAGUGAAUUCUCCACUCCUUGGAGUUUCCGUGGCAGGCUUUGGAGAAACUCAAAGGAGUUAUUCCGUUUGUGGCAGGUAACAAUAGCAGAACUUCAGGCACAGCUUGCACAGAAGACAACACUCGUCAAUGAUUCAAAGUUGAAAGAGCAGGAGUUCAAAGAGCAGAUUCAUGUGCUGGAAGACCGGCUGAGAAAUUAUGAGAAGAACAUGUAUGUCACAGCAGUUGGAACACCAUACAGAGAUGGAAACCUUUGCCAUACUGAUGUUUCCCUCUUUGGAGAGCCUACUGAGUUUGAAUACUUGAGGAAAGUGCUGUUUGAAUAUAUGAUGGGUCGUGAGACAAAGACAAUGGCCAAGGUUAUAACAACGGUACUGAAAUUCCCAGCUGAUCAGACUCAGAAGAUCUUAGAACGAGAAGAUGCUCGACCAUUGUCAUGGCUACGACCAACUUGAAGAAAUUGUGAUGAUAAUCUCUUAUGACAGAGCUGCUUAGAAAUAUGUCCGUAUCUCUGUUGUCCCUUGAGAAUGGGCAAGAAGAAAAGCUUUUAUUUGAGGUCACAAAUGGCGCAGCAAGAACCAAAAUUCAGCACCACCUUUGGACCAUGAAUAUAGUUAAUAAUUGCCUUGACAAGAAACGCUAAUCAGGGGUUAUCUGGUGAUGAGGCUUUUUUCUCUUCUAUUGAAUAUUGUCUUCUAUUUUGUGUUAAAGGUUAUUUUUUUAAAGGAGAGAAAAGACUUCAUCCUAGGAAGGAAUUGCCCACUACUGUGUCUCCAUACAGGUUUCACUGGGUGUUUUUUAAGAGUUGAACUAAAUGGUUUGUCUCUUCUAUUUAUUUUUUUAUUUUUGAAUGAAUUGUGCAAUACAUUUUGGAUGGGUAGCAGUUGAGGUGAUUUUCCUGAUUGAACUAGACACUCUCGUUUGACUACUCUCUCCCAACUUGAUCUUCUGAUUGUUUGCUAAAGGUCACUUCUAUAUGCUUUUGCCUACAAUAAAUCCAGAUUGCAGUACCUCAUUUGUUUACUCUUAGCUUUUGUACUUAUAUUUUCUGGAGAAAAAAAUACAUUACUGUAAAUUGUAAAUAGUUAAUACAUAACUGUAUCAUAUGCUGAUCUGUGACUGUUGACAGCACUAAUCUGACAGAAGCUGAGAUAAAAUAAAGUUUAUUUACUGUAUAAUUUUGGAAC